AGAAUCACUACAGGGGAGAAGUGGAUUUUUAGUUAGCUUUACUGGAUAUCAUUAGUUUUCAUGGUUAAAACUGAAGCCACUUGUUGCUUGUAUCUUCAAUUGUUCAUCGUUCGCCAUUCAGUUGAUCGUCACGAUCGUGGUAGAACAGUUUAUGUCGACGGAUAAUAUUUUUUGCUCUACUUAGUGUAGUAAAGACGUACCAGUCAAAAUGGCGUUGAUGAGCAACAACGCCUUGGAGCCCUAUAGUGGGGCUCCUCGGCAGCAGCGGUCACGUGGGUUCGUUACCGUUCGAGAACCUGCUCUGGGUUUUUUUCUUACUGGUUCCACGGUGGACGACAUGAACGGAAUCUACGUGUGCGUGAAAAACGAUUCCGUCACCGAGCUCAUGGAUCCGAAGCAUGAGGUCCUGCUCGCUUACAAGAACGACAACCGUAUUGGGUAUGUCAUGGUGUUGGUGCAGCCGAAGCAAAAGCCUAAAACAAUGGAAGAGAAGAUGCUGAAGCGCGCGCGGAAGAUGCAGAAGCGCAAACAAAAACAAGCGCGACAGAUGCGACAUCUUUAUGGUGGACGGUCCCUUUAUGGCGAUGAUUCCGAUGAAGACAGCGACGAGGAGGAAGAAGAAGAAAGCAGCGAGGAGGACAGUGACGACGAUGAAGGUGAGAGAGGGCUGAAUACAGCAUGAUUGAAGUCGACGGCUCAUAUGAUGAUCUUAAUCAGCAGCUGCUAGCUAGUUACCCUUUUUUUUGAAAGAAGCAGUAAGCCUGAUGUUAUGGCAAACGAAUCAGUAUAAUGUUAAUGAAUACGCAUGUUAGAAUGCGCCACCCAUACAAGAAAAGUAUGUUAUCCUCUUCAAAACAGUCCACAACCUCCGCAAGCGUGAGUGGCUUGUCAUUGACCAACGCGGGAAGGAUCGAUUCCGCCAUGACGGUGACACCAUUAUCCCCGGUGCGGGAACCUCGUGGAAGCACUUGCAUCGACUGCAUCCGGACAACCAGAAAAAGGUUGACGAUGAGGAGUUAAGCUGUCAGGAGGAUGAGGAUGACUAUGCGUCCGUCGAUUCGGAUGCGGAAAACAAAGUCAAUAGCGGCAACGUGAGCCGCAACAAUUCGAAGAAAUCAAAGGAAGCAAGCAGCUCUUCUUCCUCGGUACUUCUUGACAACACGCAUCUUGAUCAUUGUCUAUUAAUUGACAGAAAGAAAAUCAAAUCGAUGAAUCAUAGCCAUCACCUGCACCAAGAUGAAAUUACUAUGAGAUCUAUCCUUGAUAGGACACAAGAACAAACUCUCACCAACUUAGCAUGAUGAAAGCACCGGUCUAUCCUUCAUCGUUUUUUUCCGAUUCCUCUCCUCGUGAGAGCGGAGUUGAUGAUCGACCGCGGCGUCCUUUCUGACCUUUUGUGAUGAAUGUUUCCUGUUUUCCUAAAGAUCACGCUAGAAGUAACAACGUCGUUCUUGUUGCUACCUUCUCAUGAUGAAAGCGUCGGCCUUUUCCUUCAUCGUCUUUAUCGGAUUCAAAGGCUUGUUUUCGGACAAGCAUUUGAAUUUGAAGAUCGGCCGCGGCGUCCUUUCUGAAGCAACAAGAAAUAUACUCAACGAAUAAAAAAACAUUCAUCAACUACAGCUCGCUAAAGAAUCUUUGAACAAAGUCAGACCAAGAACUGCUUCGAUUUACAACCAUACCACAGCGUUUUCAGUCAACGGCUAUUCAGCCAAAAGAGGAGAAACCGGAUGACGAGGAUGAACUCCCGUGGCAGGUUAUUGCUAUUCUUGAUAAGGAGACCGUGCAGGAUAUGCGUUACACUGCUAGAUGCUAUGACGCGAAUAUUCGGGAGGCGAAGUCGGGUCGUAGACUCCCAAAGGUGGAGGCGCUCACAGGUUCGAAUUGGCUUCCCUCGUGAGUACACGUUGAUCAUCUACUGUCAGUCUACUUAUUCCUGGAAGAGACACGAUCACGAAGAUAAAAGAAAAACAAGUCAUCAGGCUACAUUUAGAAGAAGUUCUCAGGCUUGUUUUCCACGACUGGAGUGGUAGUACUACAACAACCUACCCUUCAUGCUACCUCCCGCUCUCAAUAGAGGCAUGAUUGAUCUUUUGAAUCAUCCUUUUCCCACCCGCCCACAACUAGGUCUUGACCCCGCACGGCUGGCUGGUUGCUGGGUAUACAAGGUUACUGCGUCUGCGGGAGUGGAAGUCCGCGUCUCCCCUUUUUGGGACUCCCCGGUUAUUGCACACACGCGCAAAGGCGAAUUUUUACAGGUUGUGGAGAAGCGGACGAUAGAGGACGAGGACCACGUGUGGCUAAAGUUGAAAACUGAAAACCGUUUCGAUGCGUACAGCGGUAUGUACGGUUAUGGCGGAGGGAUUUUCGGUAAUCGCGAUGAUUGGAUCGAAGAACGCUGGGUCAGCUUACGGGAUGAGGAUGCGGUACCUUCACCAUCACGUCCUUGUUGUACCUGAUCAAGUUCAGCUUCGCCUGCGUUUCAGAUUUGCAAGAACAGUCACUACACUUACAGAGCGUGUAUUAGCGUCUACAAUAAAUCACUGAUACCACCAAUUCCACUUACUUGCUUCAUUUUCUGGUUCUUAGCCUUGGCAGAUAUGACAUUUGCACCUCAUCCGAUUUUCAAAUACGUCUACUAGGAUCCCACCGACGCGUCAGCGUGUCGUUUGCAAGAAGUGGUUGACCUCCCAGAAAUGACGGACGAAAUGCCAAAGGAACAGGCGGAUGCUGCGGCCUUUGAUCGACCCUUUGAGCCUCGGUUAGAGGACGCUGCGAGAGAGGAGGAGGCCGAAGAGGAAGAUAUUUCUGCGGCGGCAGCAGCAAAACUAGGUAAACUUCUUUUCAUGCAAAUACAUCUAGCUUGGCAACAAUAAGUGUUUAGUUACCAUAGGCAUAGUGGCGAAGAAACUGAGACAGUGCUAAGCGUAGCAAGUUGAUGAACCUCUGCGAUUGAAUGCACUUUUCUAUGGAAAUUCGAACACAACAAUGUAUGCUAAACAGAGUCCGCCGGAGCUGGCGAGGCUAAUGUCGAUCUGAGCCGCUAUAGAAUUGCAGAAGACGAGGAGUCUGAAGAGGCAGUGCCGGAUGUUGGAUCGGAAGUCGCUCUGGAGGGAUUGAAAAAUGAAAGCUACAAUGGAGAAAUCGCUGUCGUUGUGAAAAGUCUGGUUGAUGGACGGAUUGGUGUUCAGUUGAAGAAAGACGACACACCAGUCGCUGUGAAGGUACCUACUUAUUCUCUAAGAACGCUGUAGCUGUUAAUGUGGAAAUCGAUAGUUGAGCGUUGUUCUUGAUUUUUUGUCAAGAAGUGAGACCAAUGAAUGUAGUAGACAAGAACUGUUGCAGCAUCGUUUAUCGUUCGAUUGGUGUUUAUCUUUUCUCAUGAUUCCCCACCACACGCACACAUCAGUUGUCGAACGUGCGCCUCCACAGCGGAUCGGCAACAGCGCCCAACGACGGACCGCUUGCUCAACAUGCGCGAAAACUGGGUUUAAGUCUUUCGUUCCUUGGACUCACAGAGAGCGCAUCCGACAUCCCUGCUUCCGGCGAAAAGACCGCUGAAAAAGCAGAGGAGAACAAAGAAAACGUCGAGGUUGCCAAAAAGAGUACAGAGGACGAAUCGCCACUGAAAGAAAAAGUUGCGUCAUCGGGCACUUGCAGCACCGCUGCCAGCGAAGCAGCCUCUCCGGAUACGACGGAAGAGAAAAUGAAUGUUAGCGAACAAACUGAGGUGCAGAGUGGGAGCAGGCAGGAGGUCGAAAAAGCACAAAAUCAUGUCUGUGAAGUUUUGGCAACGGCUCUAUGUGCUGCGAAUCGCGAUGCAGGACCAGCAAACUUUACUUCGUUGCAAACUAUGCGAACUUCCUACGAAGCUUUAGUCAAUGCAGUGUAUCCUGCGGGUGAGUCAAAAACGCACGUCGACACGGCAGCGGUAGUGAAGGAGAUGAAAUUCCUCGAAGCAAAAGCCGCGAAAAAACAACAGCAGGCGACAACUUCAUCAAGCGAAGACUCGACCAAAAAGUCUCCCACAACUGCAACUGAAGAGGGAUCUUCAGCAACCACAACGACAUCAUCUUCGUCUUCCCACAGCUCGCCGAUGGACGUGCUGAAGCGGGGCCAGCUAGGUAAGCGUGCGCAGAAGGCCUCUAUGGACGCUGAGGACACAGAGAGCAUCAAGAGCGUUGUCUACGGUGUGCAGGAGUUGCGACGACUCGUUGUCGACGAGGUUGAUGACGAAACGGCCGAUAGUUUGCGUCUCAGGUUGACUUUGGUGAAUGGUUUGCUCAAAUGCAGGCGUGAGGCUGAUGCGUCCAAAGAGGCUGCGGUUGCACUGAAGAUGUUCCCGGAUUCGUGCUGCGCAGCUCUGUGGCAAGCGCGAUUUCUGAUUCGUCGCGGGAAAAUCGACGAGGGCGUCGAGUUAUUGCAGCGACUGGCGUCGGGUGAGAGCGCGGCCAACGCACUCCUUGGCAAGACGUCGUCACCCAGCGACGAUAGCACCACGUCUGCCUCGACUUCGUCGACCAAGUCUGCAAGAAUGGCGCAGGUGAACCCAGACGCAAGCUGGGCACGUCUUGAGGCCGCCCGUCGCCUCAAGGCUUGGAAGGACAAGGAGCGUGGGGAGCGCCGUGCGAUGGACGCGUAUAGCCGUGGUUUGUUCAAAGACGCUGCGGGAUUCUACGACAGCGCUCUUGCUGGGGCAGUUGCCUUUGAGGACGACAAGUGGUGCCGUGCAGAGUUGUUCGCUGCGCGCGCUGCAUGCUUUCGACGCGAGCGCGAGUGGACAAAGGCACUCGAUGAUUUAGAUAGCGCCCUGUCACUCUACCCGAAAUACAAACGUGCGCUCUUCCGAAAGGGAGUCGUUCAGCUGGAUGCAAGUACUUCCAGCACUUUUUUAUGAAUGAUGUUAGAAAGUCGUUUUCUGAAUUUGAUGGUGAUAACCUAAGUACCGCAUGUACUUGUGAUGAAAGAAUGUCAACAACAACAACAACAAUAUGUCGACUAAAUAUGUCAUAUAAAAAAGAACAUGAUCUAGAUCUUCUGUAUGUUCUACUGGUGGAAUACCAUUUCAUCGAAGCUGUCCAAGUCCGCCAAACACGACAAAAAAAUCAGGUCGCCCGACGGAAGCGAUCAAGAGUUUCGAAACUUUGCUGGGUUUGGACCGUGACUGGGAGAAUUUAUUGGACUGGCUCGUUCGUGCUCAUGCCAUGCAACGACGCGCUGUUAGUGGUAAGGCGCGCGCGAAUGAUUACAUGGGUGGGAUGUUCUCAGACGCCAAGAUGGGCACCUGGGCGGAAGCGGCGCAGCCCGAUGACAUUGCGGACAUGAAAGACCACUACGCGGUCUUGGGAGUAACACAAGAUGCGACGGAGAAAAUGCUCAAGCGCGCCUACCGUAUCAUGAGUCUGAAAUAUCAUCCGGAUAAAGAGGGAGGCUCAACACGCGCGUUCCAGCGCGUUGCGACGGCGUAUCAGACUCUGAGUGAUCCCGAGAAGCGAGAGCAGUACGAUAACGGCGCGGAUUUGAAGCACGAGAAGAAAAAUAAUGAUGACAGCGACAGCGAUGGCGAACAAGAGAAGAAGAGUUUGCGGGAAGAGAUCGAGCGAAAAUAUUUCCCGGAACGCUACAAAUUCUGGCCCUUUGGCGAUCCUUUUGUGCAGAAACGCAAGCUCAUGGAACAGCGACAACGACGUGCAGGCCGACCAAACUGGUGGGAUAACUUCUAGGCGUUUCUCUUUAGUAGCGUUGGGAAGUAUCCGCGAAGGCUCGGGAUGUCGAAACGAGGUUUGAUUUUAAAAACUUGUUUGUUGUUGUUGUUGGUGGAGUUCCAUCGUUAUUUAUUCUAUAGACUUGUUCCCCGCGCGGGGACAUUCCCUGUAUAUCCCCUGUUAAGGAUCGUUUCGUAAAUUUCACAUAGUCACAAUUUCAUGUUGAUGUUGAAGCUCGAUAAAAGCGUUUUUUAAUUUGAUCAGUUAGUACAUAUCCUAGUUAUUCUGUUUUGAUAUAGACGUAAAGCCGAGCAAAAAAGUGACAAAAAAUGACUUAAUAUUGACGAGGCUUCAAUCUCAAGAAUCUCGAAUGAAUACUGCCGUGGUGAUCAGGUUGGAAGUGAAAACAUGUACAUUUGUCGAGUCGCAUUGCGAAUUUCGAGGUAGUUCUGUCAUAUUGUAGUAUAUUUCAUUCUUGGUUGUCGUAGUGUGUCCGAGACCUCGACGGUGGACAUGAUACCUAGUUUGAGUUAAUCUCUUCUCACCUGAAGAAAACUCAUUCUCACACUCACAUUGAUUUUUUGAGUCGUUCAAGUACGGAUGUUGAUGAAUCUACUUAAGUAAAUAAAUGAUGUUUUCCGGCCGUCUAGUGAAUUCUUUUUUUCUGGACGCGGUCAAAGAGAAGACUAGGAAUAUUCAUUUAUGCGACAUAGUGUGAACGUUAUUUUUCGCAAAGAACGAGAAUUCUUCUCAGGAACAUGAUGGAGUAGCCCUCUCAACCGGACUCCAUUUACAUUGAAAGUGAAGUUCUUCAAUAGCGGUCUACACCCUCUAGUACCUUGUAGUAUUUGGCGGCUGGCUUCUUGUACUUCUUUAUAGUUGAAUGAUGUUAGAAAGCAGGAUCAACAUCAAGAACACUAGCAUUGAAAAUCGAAAAAGAAACCCGACAAACAAAUCAUAGCAGAGUUUCCGUUUCGGUUCUUGUUGUCAAAAGUGAGAACAGUCAGGAUUCGCACGACAUGCAACGAUGAGCGUAAAGCAGAG